GACUUUGAACUUCACAGUGGGCACUUCUGUUUUGGCCUGCUUGUUUGUUUUUCCUCCUCAGCUCCUAACCUGAGAGAAGACCUUCUCCCUUUUCUCUACACAUACCUCCCCCGCCCCCGCCCCGGGACAGCCGGAGGAACCCCCAAACCACUCGAUCCCUUAACACGAUCGCCUCUAAUUGGUCUUCUAGGGACUGGAAUCCUCCUCCUGACGGCAUCAGCUGCAGGCGGCGCUUGCAGGUUGGGGUGUGUCAGUUUCUCCUGGCCCCCCUAUAACGCGCACAACGGAGCAGCCAAGAACUUGACAAGUCUGCCGCGGGGUCUGAAAGGACCCAGAAGCCGUAGUAGCUGCAGCCACCGGGGGAUCGGGAGCCACCAUGCCGCCUGCAAAAAUCUGCAUCAUCGGAUCCGGGAACUGGGGGACUGCUAUUGCCAAAAUCAUAGGCAAAAACACCCAGAAAUCCAACAAAUUUGACCCUGUUGUAAAAAUGUGGGUGUUUGAAGAGAUAAUCAAUGGCCGGAAACUCACUGAUAUAAUAAACCAAGAUCAUGAAAAUGUGAAGUAUCUCCCAGGACAUAAGCUGACUCCUAACGUGGUUGCUGUACCAGAUCCAGUAGAAGCAGCAGCUGAUGCAGAUAUUAUCAUAUUUGUUAUACCCCAUCAAUUCAUUCCUAAAAUAUGUGACCAACUUCUUGGCAAAGUAAAAGCAGGAGCCAUUGGGAUUUCAUUAAUCAAGGGAGUUGACGAGGGUCCUGAAGGCCUGAAACUCAUCUCAGACAUCAUUCGAGAAAAACUGAAGAUCGAAGUCAGCGUGCUCAUGGGAGCCAACAUAGCUAAUGAAGUGGCAGAUGAAAAGUUCUGUGAAACCACCAUUGGUUGCAAAAAUGCAGAACAUGGAAAGACCUUUAAAGAAUUAAUGCAGACCCCAAAUUUCAGAAUCACCGUGGUGGAUGACUGUGACACUGUAGAGAUCUGUGGAGCCUUAAAAAACAUAGUGGCAGUAGGAGCUGGAUUUUGUGAUGGACUGGGCUUUGGAGAUAACACCAAAGCAGCUGUGAUUCGUCUGGGCCUCAUGGAAAUGGUUGCUUUUGCAAAGCUGUUCUGCAAGGGCUCUGUGUCAAUAAACACAUUUCUGGAAAGCUGUGGUGUUGCUGAUCUGAUCACCACAUGCUACGGCGGACGCAACAGGAAAGUGGCAGAAGCCUUUGCACGCAGUGGAAAAACAAUCGAGGAACUAGAAAAAGAGAUGCUGAAUGGACAGAAGCUUCAAGGACCUCAGACGUCAGCUGAAGUUUACAAGAUCUUGAAGCAGAAGAACUUAAUUAACAAGUUUCCAUUAUUUGUCAGUAUCUACCAGAUCUGCUACGAAAAAUCUGUCAAAGACUUCGUCACUUGUCUGCAGAAUCAUCCACAACACAUGUAAGGAAAUGUGGCUCCUCCUUCCAAGCAUCCCCUCUACUCAAGGCUUCUGUCAUCUUGAGCAUGAUGAAUAAAAGCAAGCAAGGCAAAA